GAAGAAAUUCUCCCGGUUCGUACACCAAGGAACCAGUGCGUAUCUCGUCCGCGAAACCGUUCAGCUCCAUCGAACCAAACUUUCUUACACGUUAGAGGUACCCACGUUGAAAAUUCAACAGCAUUUUAAUUAGGAAUGUGUAAAAUUUAAAUUGGAUUUUUUGCUAUAAUAUACAAAUGUGUUCUAUUUUUAUGCCAACCGACUACGAAAUGUUGGUCAGUCAUAGUCCACCAGUUUAUGGAGGGUGUUUAAAAAAAUAUCCUUCCUACGGUUACCAACCGACCACUUCUUGUAAAGGUAAUUUUACAACCGGAAAGAAGUCACCAAAAAUGCCGUCAACAACAACACCACGCCGUCCAUGUUUGGUGAUAAGAACUGAAUUAAACGGGAAUGAUUGUCCACCGCCUGAAGAUGAUCUUCCAAGUCCAACCAGGUUAAAGAAAAAAGUUGUCUUCGCGGAUGACCACGGUAGGCCUUUAACACAAGUCAGGAUAAUGACGGAACCUUCAAAUGUACCACCAUUAUGGAGUUUUCGUUUUCUUGCCCAAGUCACUCGGGGUUUAAAUACGGAAGAAUUUCCAACACCAGAAGAACCGUGGGAAGUGACGUUUUCGCAACCGGCUUCCGAUUACGUUGAAUUUAGAAAGAAGUUGGAUGAAGAGAAGGUUUCUUUGGAAAAUGUUAUUAUUAAAGAAAAUGAAGAUGCAGUUAUUGGAACCGUUAAAGUAAGCAAUUUAGCUUUUGAAAAAGAAGUUUUUGUUAGAUCAACAUCGGAUAAUUGGGAAACCCAUCAAGACACUUACUGUAAAUUUGUACCAAACGCUUCAACAAAUACUUCAAGUGCAGCUUACGUUCUUUACGACACCUUCUCGUUUAAAUUAUCUUUACCGCCAAAGUCGAAAAGGUUGGAAUUUUGCGUUUGCUUCAAAUGCAAUGUCGACGAGUAUUGGGAUAACAACGGUAAUAACAAUUAUGUUUUGAUUAAAAAAAUCAACACCUUACACAAAUCGAAAAGUGAAAAUCAACUGUUGAAUUUAAAAAGUUUUGAUAACGAUCAAAUUCAAAAAUCGAAAAGUUACGAUUCACUUUACAUGAAAAUGGAUUCUUGGUCACAAUUUGCAUCCUGGACCUAUGCAGAUAAUUCACACCCAUAUUGGUAAAGAAGAAAACGAUUACGAAAACACUUGAGAGGAAAUGAUGUGCGACCUUGAGUUGACCUCGCAUUAACCGUGAAUUCAACGUUGCCAAACUGUGCCUCCAUUGCAACCGAUUCGAUUUGGCGAAUGUUGUUUUGGCUUGUGACAACGUAUCUGUGAUAAAUAGCGAACUAUUUUUGUAAUAAAAAAAUAUAUCAACACGGUAAGAAGAAUCUAUAUUUAAAAAAUCAUACUCUUGAAACAUCUUUCGAGUUUGCGCACCACUAUUUUCGAUACCUUUAAAAGGUUUUGCGCAAUCGCAAAAGAAUUGUUAUAAGAAUAAAGUGUUAAAACAGAUUUUUUUUUAAUAAUCCUAUCGCUGAUUACGUAUAAGACUGAGCUGUACAUAACACGUUUAUAUACGAUUAUUUUUUUGUAGUUUUUACUAUGUGUUUCUAGUACGUAUUAUUAAAGUAUCGUUUUUGUAUGUAAAUAGAAAAUAUUAAGUUACAAUUAAGGAAUUAAAAAGAAGUAGAUUUAAAUGUCAGUAUGUUCCUUGUUUAUAUUUUUAUUUUAAUUUAAUUAAUUUAGGCCUUUUUUAAAUAUUUUUACGUUUAUGCCUGUUAUUUGCAUGAUUUUGUACAUAUAAAUAUAGCUUGCGAGCAAAUAUAGUAAUCUUACAUUAAUUGUACCUACUCUAUUUUUAUUUUUUUUUCUUUUUGUUUUUGAAUAAAGGUGUUGCAAUCCA